AUGGACCUGUUCUCCGCCGUCUGCGAGAACUUCGUUCUGGUCAUUAACAAGCAGAAGACGGUGGUGAUGCACCAACCGCCACCUAACUCAGCCACAGCUCACAACGCGUCGCCGCAAAUCAGCGUGAACGGAACCCAACUGCAAGUGGUGGAGAAGUUGCGGUACCUGGACAGUACUCUCUCCCGGAACACCAAGAUCGGCGACGAAGUCGGCAACAGGAUCUCGAAAGCCAGUCAAGCCUUUGGUCGCCUCCAAAGCACAGUUUGA